AACCGUAAACGUUGUUAUUAUGACAACGACAGUAAGCGAAAGUAUCUGUGCACGUCUGUCGUUGCUGUUCACUGUAGCUGAAGUUGAUUUAAUUCAUGGCGCGCUCGGAGGCUGCAGCAAACACGUAUCUCAUUAGACCCAAUUACAAACACAAGUUCAAGGCAGGAGUGGCAAAAGAGUGUAUUAGAGAAAUCCUGAGAGAUCAGCUGUCUGGAGUGCAGUAUAAUCCAGAGGAGGUUCCCACACUGUCAAGAUCUUUAGCAGACUCGAUUAAAAACAAACUGAAAUAUGUGGGCUUUGACAGAUACAAGCUCAUUGUGCAGGUGGUAAUCGGAGAGCAGCGAGGAGAGGGGGUUAAGAUGGCUGCACGCUGUUUCUGGGAUGCAGAUACAGACAGCUAUGCUCAAGAUAUUUAUAUGAAUGACAGUUUGUUCUGUGUGGCAGCUGCCUUUGGUGUUUAUUACUACUGAAGGCACAGAGGAUAUAAGAACCAAAUACAUUAUUUUUGUGAUAUUUAUACAGACAAACACAUCCACCCAGGGCAGGAAGCCAUAUUUAUCUUUCUUAGUUUCUUAUCUCAAAAGCCUUUACUACAAUAUUGCUACAACACUUAAUAUAGUAGUAAGAAAUAUGACACUUUAAUCAGCUUUAAAAGUUAUCAGAAAUUGUCAAAACAAUUGAUUUAUACAGAAUAAAGACAAAACAUCAUGAAGUUCCUGAAUGGUGAGAAUUACUACAUCACAUUGGUUAAUCCUCCUAUGGUACUGUAUUCGGUCAUUUUUGACCUAAAUAAAUUUUCCUCAUUUAAUAAAAAUGUUUUCCUUUAUCUGA